AUGGUUUGAAUGAAGCCACAGCCACCUGUCAGCUCUCAGUGAUGUUGGUGACAGAGGACAUGUUGUUAAACAGCAUCACUGUGCGUCUUAACGAGAUGGACGAGACCGCCUUCCUCUCCCCUCUCUACGACUUCUUCAUCAAAGCUCUCGGAACCAUAAUCCCGGCAGAUAUUCAGGACAUCUUUAUCAUCAGUAUACGAGAUGACACUGACGUACCUGAAAAAGUUCUCAAUGUGAGCUUUUCCGUGAGGGAGAAGGUGUUGAACAGUCAAGACUAUUUCUACAGCCAACAGUUUCUGAAGGAAAGAGUUUACCUACAAAGGAAUCUACUGGCAAAGCUGUCAACACUUGAGGUUCUUCCUUUUGAUGAUAACAUCUGUGUGCGUGAGCCCUGCCUCAACUAUGAAGAAUGCAUCGAUAUCCUGAAGUUCGGCAAUGCGUCUGGUUUCCUCAGCUCUCCCACCAUGUUGUUCCGUCCCAUAUAUCCCAUUGAAGGGUCAAAGUGCAUCUGCCCGGCUGGAUUCACAGGAAUGAACGUGGAAUAUGAAUGCGACACAGAAGUGAACCUGUGCUACUCCAACCCCUGUCAGAACAAUGGAACUUGCUUACGACACGAGGGCGGCUACACAUGCAUUUGUCUUACAGGGUUCACAGGGACAUGUCAUGAGGCAUGGAGCACCUACCGCUGUGAAUGCCCUCCUAAAUAUGGCGGCAAGGAUUGUUCUAUAGUGAUUGAGGAAUCCAGACGCCUGUCAGGAAAUGGUUACCUUGCCUACAACCCCAGCCCUGGCCAGCGCGUGGCUCUUCCCUGGUAUCUGGGCGUGUCCUUCAGAACGCGACAGGAGACGGGGCUGUUGAUGAGUGUAGAGCUGGGUUCCAGUGUGGUCCUCUUGGAGAAUGUCCACCUGGGCAACAGUGCUAAUUCUAUCUUAGUGGGACCCCAGGAGUACAAUGCAGUGCGUGGGUGUAACCUCCCUGACCCCUGUGCUGGGGUCACUUGCCCUGCCAACAGUCAGUGUGUGGAUGAGUGGGACAGGCACUCCUGCCAGUGUUACCCAGAUGUUACCCAGGUAAAGUGUGUGGGUGAGUGGGACAGGCACUCCUGCCAGUGUUACCCAGGCUAUAUUGGCUCCAGUUGUCGUGACAUCUGCACUGCUUACAACCCUUGUCAGCACGGCUCAGAGUGUCGCCAUGACAUCACUGCAAUACGGGGAUACAAAUGUGACUGCAAGGAGCUGAACUCUGGCAGCUACUGUGAGAACUCCAUAGUCCAACAGUGUCCCACGGCCUGGUACGGCUACCCCAUCUGUGGUCCCUGUAACUGCCCCAGUGACAAAGGCUAUGAUUCCAACUGUGACAGUAAUGGAAAAUGUGCCUGUAAGGACUUCCAUUACCGCCCAGAGGGCAGUGAAGAGUGCUACAAGUGUAACUGCUACUCUGUUGGGUCAUUUGGUCAGUCCUGUGACCCACUGACUGGACAGUGUAGGUGCCGUAUGGGAGUGAAGGGCAAGCGCUGUGACCAGUGUGAUAGCCGGUAUGCUGAAGUCACUAGAGAGGGAUGUAAAGUUGUCUAUGGCAAAUGUCCUAAAGGAUUCUCUGACAACAUUCUCUGGCUACAAGUCCCGUAUGGUGAGACCGCUGUCCAGGACUGCCCUGAUGGGACCAGGGGUCAAGCUAGCCGUCACUGUGACCUGGAGACAGGUUGGCAGAACCCUGACGUCUUCAACUGUACAUCUAACCUCUUCAAGGAGAUUGAGUCUCGGUUGGUAGAAAUUGAAAAUGGUCAGCUGCUCAUCAACACUUUUGUUGCCAAGAAUCUCCUCACCAAACUGAACAAUGCCACCAACCAGACAGCGUACAUGUACGGAAAGGACAUCGAUAUUACCAACCGCCUGGUGAAACAGUUGUUGAUGUACGAGAUCAAACAAACUGGCCUCAAUCUUACCAAUACACAGGACAGGUUAUAUGUACAGAACAUGCUGAACUCCCUGAGCAGGACCAUGAUAGCACCCUAUGCAUCUCACUGGGAAAAGGCAGGGGGCGUGUCUGAGCUGAUGCACCUAUUGGAGGAGUACCUAUCUACACUAGCGCUAAACAUGGCGGUUGUGUUCCAGAGCGGGGGAAUGAACCCCUUCGAUGCCAUCACAGAUAAUCUAAUCUUUGGUCUGGACUUCAUCUUGAAAACCAACUUCAGUGGCACUAACAUCCCAAAAUACAACAACAAGGUGCAGAACAGUGCCAUGUUUGACAAGGACACGCAUGCCAUCUUGCCAGCCUCUGUGUUUGGACAGCCCAGUGUACAGGAAUGGAUCCAGUCCUCUCUGAACAGCCAGCCCAAGGCAGUGGCAGGAUACAUCAUGUUCAAAACCCUGGGGAGUAUCAUACCAGCCAGCUAUGAUGACAAGAAAGUCAGAGUCCAUGACUACCUGACUGUGAACACCCCCAUCAUGUCUCUAGUGCUACAGGAUGGGAACAGAACUGUCAAACAGCCAACUCCUUCUGUCACCUUUGACUUCAAGCAGCUGGUGACAGAGAGAAGGACCAGCCCACAGUGUGUCUACUGGGAGUUUGUGAAUAAAACUGGGCUAAGUGGUCGCUGGACAUCAGAGGGCUGCUGGCUGGACAACAGGAGAGACUCUGGAGGAAAUAAGUUUGUGACCUGCAGCUGUAACCACCUCAGUUAUUUCUCUGUACUGAUGGACAUCUCUGAUGUCGAGUACCUGGCGAGUGCCACAAUCCAGAUGGAGAUUGUCACGUAUGCAGGUGUAGCAUUGGCAAUGGCAUUCUUGCUGCUGACAUUCAUUAUACUGUGUAUUGCUCAAAACAACAUGCGUUCCAAUGCCAACAGUAUUCGUAUCAACUUUGUGUUCAUCACUCUCCUGGCCUUGCUCACCUAUGUGCUGGGAAUCAACAGGACAGACCCUGAGCUUCUGUGCAAGUUAAUUGCAAUUGCCUUACACUUCUUCUUCCUUGGGGCCUUUGCCUGGCUGUUCAUUGAGGCUCUCCACAUCUAUCGCAUGCUGACUGAGAUACGGAACAUCAACAAGGGUUCCAUGAAGUUCUACUACGCAGUGGGUUAUGUUGUGCCAGGAAUCAUCGUAGGCCUGUCUGUAGGGCUGAGUACUGACAAGUAUGGAACUAGGUCAUUUUGCUGGUUGAGCAUAGAUGACAACAUAUUCUGGAGUCUUGCAGGGCCUAUCAUUAUCAUAGUAGCUAUGAACCUGAUAGUGUUUGUGUUGGCUCUGAAGGCUGGCUGUGAUGGCAAGGCCAUGGAUGCUGAGUUUGGGCCUGUCAGGAAUAGUCUCAUCUCAGCCGUAAUACUGCUCCCCCUAGUGGGAGUCACGUGGGUAUUUGCUCUGCUGGGGGCCAAUGACAGAGACAUGGUGGCCUUUGACUACCUCUUUGGUAUCUUCGCAACAUUCCAAGGAUUUUUUAUUUUCAUUGCAUAUACUAUAUUAAAUGAGUUGUUCCUGUCGAAACUGAGAAGCUUGCUUCUUAAAUCGUGCAAUAUAUCAUACCUGAAUAAGGACGUGUUUUACGGCCUUGACCUUCUAAAAGUCUUGGAUUUGAGUGUCAACCAUCUACGACAUCCACCCGAACAAAUCUUUAAGCCGCUGAAGUCUCUCAGGACGUAUGGCCAACUCAGUCUGGAUUCGCGUAAGCGAAUGCAUUAUUACGUGGAGGAUCACUCAAGUAUAAGGAGCUUGGAGUUUAGGCCUAAUAAACGAAAUGGAAAUGAAUGUUUUGUCUUCAAAAACCUGUCGUCUUUGGAAGAGCUUACCGUCAAUGAACUCAAUGAAGCGUCUCCCUCCUUCAAUUUGAAAAAGCUAAAGCUUCAAGAUUUACAACAAUUACAGACCUUAGACCUGUCUAGAAACAAUGCAUACUUACAUUGUGAUAUACAGAACGCAGAUUACUUCAAAGGAAUGCCAAAUCUCCGAGAUUUACAAAUGAGUUCUAACAGGCUGUAUCUUACCAAUGCCCCAACACUCCUCGUUAUGUUUCAAUCCCUUCACAAUGUAACAAAUGUAGAUUUAAGUAGUAACUUGUUAUCGGAACUACCAGUGGGAAUGUUUGACUCUAUGGAGCGUCUGAGAUAUCUAACUCUUUUAAGAAACAGACUGCAGACUAUUCCCAAGGGACUAUUCAGAAACUUGAAUCAACUCCACACCUUGAAACUCUCCUCUAAUUCCAUAUCAAACAUCCAAGAUGGCGCCUUCGAUGGCUUAGUAUCGCUACGUGUACUUCAAAUGGGCAACAAUAAGUUAAUCUGUGACUGCAAUAUACGGUGGUUUCAGCAAUAUUUUCAGAGACUUGACAAGGAGGACUCAGAAGAGUUUUGCUUUGGUACUCCUACAGGUACAUCAAAGAGAAUUCCAAUCACUGAAUUCAAACCUGACUGGUGGCAGUGUGAUAACAACACGGCGAAGGUGGCGGUCAGUAUCCUUGGGGUGGUACUAUUCAUGUGUUUUAUAGCUGGUAUUGUUUACUAUGCAAGAUGGGACAUUAGAUUCGCUUUGGUAGUCAGGUUCGGGUGGCGAUACUGUGCUAAGAUUCCACAAGAUGAUGACGUCAACCUUGUGAAGAUAUUCGAUGCCUUUGUUUCGUAUAGUUUACUGGAUACGGCCUGGGUUGCUGCCGAGCUGAUCCCAAAUCUGGAAAAUGACGAACAAUUCAACUUUCGUCUUUGUAUCCAUGAGCGCAAUUUCCUUCCCGGCAACUCUAUUGUAGAAAGUGUUGAAGGAGCCAUGGACGGCAGUUACAGUGUCAUUUUCUGGAUUACUCAAAACUUUCUGGAAAGCGAGGUUUGUGAUUUUGAACUGAAUUUGGCCAAGACUAAGCUCUUUGGAGGGAAAAUUUGCUCGGUUAUUUUCAUAUUUGAAGAACGUUUUGAUAAAACCCAACUACCGCAGCCAAUGGGGAUUAUGAUACGACAUUGCCAAUGUCUUUACUGGCCAGACCUGCGGUUGCGCAAAAGGGACGUUUUCUGGAAAAGACUGAAGCUUGCCUUGUUGGAAAACAAACCAAAAGAUAAUUGA